AUGGCUCAAACUCCCGCCCAACGCCGCGCCAACGAGAAGCACGCCAAGGGCGUUGAGAAGCGCAUGGGCAAGCCCGAGACGGCGUACAAGAAGAAAGAAGCUAAGCGAUCGCCUGUCGGUGUCGCUGCUGUUGUACUCCUGAUCUUCGUGGUCAUUGCGCCCCUGCUCAUCGAACAAUUAAAGCUGAUCCCCUACCUCUGGGGCCUUCUGCUCGAUUUGCUGGCCAAGAUCGGACUCGUGUCGAAAUAA